AUGGCGACCCCGCCCCCGCGGACGCGGAAGCCGUGGACUGCCUUGGGCACCGGGCGGGCAGCCUCGCAGCCCCCGUCGACCGCGCCGAGUCUGGAGGAGGUGCUGAAGGUCCUCGACGCCAGGAAGCUCUUCAUCGGCGGACUCCCGCGGGAGAGCUUGACGCAGGAGGACUUGACGAGCAUCUUCUCGGAGUUCGGCACCGUGGAGGAGGCAAUCGCGCUUCCCAAGAAGGGAGUGGGCUUCGUGGUCUUCCGCGCCUGGGCCGAGGCGCACCGCGCGCUGCGGGCCCUGGACGGCGAGCUCUUCGACGUCGGCGGCGAGGACGUGAAGCUGAACAUCAGGUUCGCCGAGACGUCCCCUGGCCAGUCGGGCGACUUCUGGAGCAAGGGCCUGCCGUUCACCCGGGUGUUCCUCGGAGGGCUGCCCGCGGACGUCGAGCUGCAGGAGGUGCGGGAGGCGGCGGAGGAGUUCGGCGAG